UAAACAGAUAGAGGAUGGUGAAGUAGGCUGCAGGGAUAAGCAAGAAGGGAAACAUAAAAAACAAGUCUCUCUCUCACACACAUAUACAGUACAGAGAAGAAGGGUGGGCUUGACAAUUUCCCUUCUUUGGCGGACUAAAGCGGCUGCAAAGACUUGACCAAGGUGCAGCACAAUGUUGGGUGUCGUCCUCAGCCUGUCCUUUGUUCACCUGGUGACACAGGCGGCCCCUCCCAACGCCGCCCCUGUCCCCUGCAGGCGCUGCUGCGACGAGGACGGCGUAGCCCCGCCCCCGACAGGAGUGUACAACCAGGUGCCCGAGGUCCACGCCUACAUCAACAUGACCAUCCUUAAAGGUGACAAAGGAGACCGUGGUGAAAGAGGGACACCAGGUAAAAUUGGACAGGAAGGCCCUCCAGGAUCCAUCGGGCCCAUGGGCUCAAAAGGCUCAAAGGGCCAGGCCGGUAUUUCUGGAGAACCCUGCAAAGUCCAGGACUCUGCUUUUUCCGUCGGCCGUCGCAAAUCCCUUCACAGCCUGGAGGCCUACCAGCCGCUGAUAUUUGACACCGUUUUCGUAAACCUCGACAACCACUUCAACAUGUUCAGCGGGAAAUUCGUCUGCCACACGGCCGGGAUCUAUUUCUUCAACGUCAACAUUCACACGUGGAACUUCAAGGAGACCUACCUGCACAUCAUGCGCAACGAAGCUGAGCAAGCGAUAGUGUAUGCCCAGCCCAGCGACCGCUCCAUCAUGCAGAGCCAGAGUCUGAUGCUGGACUUGGGCCUCAAGGAUGAGGUGUGGGUCCGCCUGUAUAAGCGGGAAAGGGAGAAUGCAAUUUACAGCGAUGAUGUAGAUAUUUAUAUCACUUUCAAUGGAUACCUCAUCAAAGCAAGCACAGAGUAAACAAAAAAUGAAAUGUCGCAAGUUAUUCUUUUGUUAUUCACAUAAAAUGGCACCUGCAAACAACAUUGUAUCCAGAAAAUGCAAAAAUAUUUUAAUAAAUGUUCUUUCAUUUCAAA